AUGGGGCAUAAGAGCCUCAAAACGCUUGCUAAGGCGCUGGGCAAAGCUCACGAGUUCUUCAAGGCGGAUGAAAUUGACAGAGCAAUGUUUAGCAGGAAGGCGCUAGGCGACCUAGUUAAGCGGGCAGAAGUCACCCGGAUAGAAAAUAUAGCCAGGGCUGACCAGCCAAGCAGAGCUGAACAAGGUCGAAGAGAGGCGGACAGAGCUGUAGGGGUAAGAAGGGCAUAUCCGAAGAGAGGAGGAAGGCCAGAAAGGUUCGACCAAUAUACCCCACUAACCCACUCGAGGUCUCACAUCUUUAGUGUGAAUAAAGCUGAUGACAAAUGGCAGAUACCCCCGAGAAUGGUUAAUAGGAGUCGUGAUCCCAGCAAGUGGUGUGACUUCCAUAGGGACCAUGGCCAUACCACUAACGAGUGCACGCAUUUGAAGGAUAACAUAGAAGAUCUGGUCAAGAGAGGAUACCUGAAUCAAUUCAAGCAGCAUGUUGAUCCUCCAAGAAGAAGGGAUGAAGAUAGAGCAGGUCGUGACUGCAGAGGAGGUCACACGGGUCCCACUGAAGAUAAGGACAGAGACAGUAAGCCAGAAGGCAGAGUGUAUGUGAUCAGUGGAGGACCAGUGCAUGGGGGAACAUUGAACAAGGCACGAGCAGACCUGCGGGCAAUGAUACAUCAGAUAAAUUACAAUGAGAAGCGCAGAUGUCCACCACUUCCCCCGCAGCCGCGAGCUACAUUUGAUGAAUACGAUCAAGAAGGCAUAAUCUACCCUCAUGAUGACCGGCUGGUGGUGACAAUGAGAAUACCAAAUUGGGAAGUGGAUCGAAUACUGAUAGACGGGGGUAGCUCAGCCAACAUCAUAUACAUCAGCGCGUUCAAAGAGUUGAAGUUAGACAGAAAAUAUCUAAAAAGGGUGAGUUAUGAAGUCACCGGGUUCAACAGAUUCGGAUUGACCCCGGAAGGCAUAAUUGAGCUCCCAGUUCGAGUAAGGGAAAGGUAA